CACACUGCAGAUAAAGGUUUGGAACGCAACCCUGACAGAAGGAUAGUAAGAUCAAUAAUUUUACCAAGUCGUGAUUAAAGUAUUGUUUUUAAUCAAAAAAACUUGUGUGGGGCGUAUCAUAUCCUACAAAACUACAGAGGGACACAGGACACCACAAUGGCGACAGACCCGUGGAUAGUGCAUCCGCACGAGCACGCAAAGUUUGCGGAGCACUUCCGCAACCUCGGGCCCGUGAAUGGACAUCUUACUGGAGAACAGGCCAAGAGGUUCAUGUUGCAGUCCCAGCUGCCGCCCCCCAUCCUGGGUCAGAUCUGGUCGCUGGCAGACACCAACGCUGAUGGCAAGCUGGAUCUGCGAGAGUUCUCCAUUGCUUGCAAGAUAAUAAAUCUGAAACUGCACAAUAUCGAGAUACCGAAAGUGUUGCCGCCUUCUCUACUCGCCUCCCUCAGUCCAACCGCAGCCACCCCGAAACCGGCAUUCACAUCCCCGACCCCAGUCCCCGCCCCCAUUAGACCCCCAAUCCCCCCCAUGCCAGCCAUGCCGCAACAACCAUUAAUAUCCGGCCUCCCCACCGCCCCACAAAGUAACCAAUCCCUAUUAGGCGACCUCGUAGGCCCACCCCUAACUCAACAACCCCCUCUAAUCCCACCCCUCAACCCCCCAAAGCCAAACGUACCAGAUUUAAUCUCAGGUCAACCAUUAUCCCAACCAUUGAUCUCCCAACCUUUAGUAAACACUCAACCGCUUAUAAACCCGCCUUUAACUCAACCUGUACUCCCGCCUCAACCAAUAAACCCGCCUUUGACUCAACCAAUAAUCCCGCCUUUGACUCAACCAAUGAUCCCGCCUCAACCGAUUGUUCCGACAAACAACUUGAUAGGUCAAAAUCCGCCUCUGAUCCCAAAUCUACCAAUGGAGUCUUCGUUUUCGAACUUAAAUCAGCCUCUGAUUCAACCAAUUGCGCCUCAAAAUAAGGCCUUUUCGCCUCCGGACGUGCCUGCGACUGGGCAAUCUCCUCUAAUGUCUAAUGUGACUACGGUGUCAACUGUGGGGUCUUUAGUCACCAGUCCCCCUUCUGGGGUCAAUAGUCUUGCUGGGGUCAUUCAGCCCGUCACUUCCACCCCGUUGGCUGCUAUGAAGAGUGAUAGCAUGUCGAAGCCAGGUUCUUUAGUGACCAGUCCUACUGAGAUGCCGAUGGGAGUAAUGAGUCCCCCAGCGGCCGUGGAGUGGGGGAUUCCUCAACCACAGAAGCUAAAAUACACUCAACUAUUCAACGCUACAGACCGUGCUAAGACUGGUUCAGUAUCCGGCGCGCAGGCUCGCUCUAUAAUGCUGCAGUCUAGGCUCGCGCAGCAAGCACUAGCUCAGAUUUGGGCACUAGCUGAUCUAGACUCUGACGGGAAACUCGGCUGUGAGGAAUUCGUCCUGGCGAUGUAUCUAUGUGAGAAGGCGACGCAAGGUGAACCAGUGCCAGCGAAGCUACCUCCGGAGCUGAUACCACCCACAUUCCGACGCGACUCAGUCUCAUCGAAUACUAGCGCGAAGUCCUACGAAGAGAGAAGGAGAGAGAACAUGGCGAGGGGACAGGCAGAGUUAGAGAGGAGACGGUCACAGCUAGCUGACGCUGCUAUGAAGGAGAAGGCUGAGAGAGAGCGCAAAGAACGCGAAGAAGCGGAGAAACGAGAGAAGCUACGUCUAGAAGCUCAGAAGCGUGAACAAGAAGAGCUACUUCGGAAGCAGAAGGAAGAACAAGAAAAACGCGAGGCGGCCCGCAAGGAAAUGGAGCGUCAAUGCCAACUCGAGUGGGAGAAGAAACGUACGCGCGAAUUAGAAGCGAUGCGCACCGAAGAACAAUCGAAGGUCCUCUCCCUCAAAGCCAAGAGUCAGAGUGUGUCAGCGGAACUGAACUCCGUGGUACUGCGCGCCAGUAACCUGGCCAAGGACAUCCGGGAGACCAGGACUAGUGUCGCGGCUGCUAAAUGUACUAUUGAUGGGAUGAGGUCGGACCGCGACUCGAGUAUGGCAGAAAUGCAGCAGCUGAAGGCGCGCGUGAAAGAGCUCAAUGCCAAGCAAAUAGCACUGAACAAGGAGAAAGCUGAACUUGAUGCCAAGGCUAAAGCAUCGGAGGGUGCAGGCGAAGACGGGAAGCUGAACAUGAUGGAGAUCACUCUCAAACAACUGAGGGAUAAGGUGGAAGCAGCGAAAGCGCUGGUGGAAAGCAAGAAACAGGACUUGGAAACCAACAAAGCUCAGCUGUCGGAGCUGAGCAACACUGUGACUGAGCUGGGAGAGAAGUGUGCGCGGGUGUGGAAGCUGUAUGAAGAGAGGAGGGAAGAGUACCUCAGUCGCAGCUCCGCGCCCGCUGAGAGUGCUUGGAACUCCGAAGCGGACUGGGGUAGUACAGCGAACGACGCGUGGGGCGAGGAGCCGGCCGCAGACAACGCCUGGGGGGACGCACCCCCCACUACUGCUACAGAAGCGGUGCCUUCAUCGACUGCCCCUAGAUGGCGCUGUGUGUAUGAAUUUAACGCGCGCACCGCUGACGAACUUAGCCUACAACCUGGGGACUUGGUCAGCGAUGCUCAACCACCCCGAGGUGAUGCCGAGCCUGGCUGGAGAUGGGGCACUGCCAGAGGCCAAUCGGGUUGGUUCCCGGAAUCGUACGUGGAGGAUAUAAAUGCGCACGCGCAGUCGUACAGCGAGGUCGUUGAACCCAUGGAGACCAAGACACAGUUGGAGGGCAUCGCUGAGGUGCCGGAGGCUGAGAUGGCUAACGACCUCGGUGGAGCUAUGCCUGUAGUCCAGGGCGGUGACUUCUACAUAGCUGCGUACCCGUACACGUCAGCUGAGCCGGGAGACCUCACGUUCGAGGCGGGCGAGAGGAUCGAGGUUAUACGGAGGGACGGGGAUUGGUGGACCGGCAGGAUUGGCAUCAGAACCGGAAUCUUCCCGUCAAACUACGUGACGAAGGACACGACGACGACGGCGGACGUGAUAGCGUCCAUCCCCGAGGCGGAGGAGGCCGCGGAGGGACAACACGACCCUCCCCCCGCGCCGCCGCAGCAACACGCCGCGCCAUACUCCCCGCCCAUACAGGAACAAAAAUCGUCCACCCCGAUAUCGUCAGAAGUGGCAUCCAUUACGGAGGGCGGAGGCUCCGCGGCGGGGGGCGCGCGCCCCGCGUCCGCCGCGCGACGAGACUCCGGCCGGGACUCCGUUACUGGGCGCAGGAAGAACGAGGUGGCUCAGGCCAUCGCCAACUACACUGCUACUAGCUCGGAACAGCUGUCUCUCACGAAGGGUCAACUCCUCGUGGUCCGCAAGAAGGCGGACAGCGGCUGGUGGGAGGGGGAACUGCAGGCCAAGGGGAGGAACAGGCAGGUCGGCUGGUUCCCCGCUAGUUAUGUCAAGAUACUCCAGUCAUCAGGCCGCACUUCGGGCAGGACGACUCCGGUUCUGUCCAAAAUGGACACUCUGCCCUCUGAGACGGUUAUCGACAAGGUAAUCGCACUGUAUCCGUAUACCGCACAAAACGCUGAUGAGCUAAGUUUCGAAAAAGAUGACAUAAUCGCCGUCACUGACCGCUCGCAAGACCCGGCGUGGUGGCAAGGAGAACUUCGAGGAAUGACUGGCUUAUUCCCAAGCAACUACGUAACAAAAUUAGUCAACUAAAUGCUUCGUUUAGUCAUACUAAUAUUGUAAUCUAGAUUGUUUAGCAUUCUUAGGACCUAAUCACCUAGGCAAGUGCUUAUAGUAUUUAUUUAUUUAUUUAAGCCUAAAUUUAUUUCCUUGCACUACGAUUAAGCAAAGGCUUGUGUAUAGUAUAUACUAUUUAGUUAUUCGUAAUAAUAUCAAUCCCUAAUCUUUUUCAAUAAAUUGAGAAUCGAGAAUUAAGAUUAUGAUGUCCAAUGUUCCAUUACCAAUCUCUAAUACCCAAUACCCAACUACCCGUUCCUCAAUCCCCAAUACCCCUUUCCUCAAUCCUUAAUCCCCCUUUGCCAAUCUUCCCAAACCCCGAUCCCCCAACAACCCUUAAAUUCCUAAUCUUUGACACUUGGAACGCCUCUGGUGUUUCGAGUGUCCAUGGGCGACGGCGAUUGCUUACCAUCAGAUGAUACGUCUGCUCGUUUACCGGCUUAUACCAUAAAAAAAAUGGUUUUAAUGAGCACUUGUCUAGUAUAUAAAAUACAUUAAUAAUAUACCCGUGCUUAUAUGAAACAUAGUUAAAUUUUGUCUUUUAAAAUCCAUAUUAGCACAACUGUAUAAUCUAUUUAAAAAAAAAAGCUUAAGCUAUUUCACUAUAGUAAAGCUUUUUUAAACGAACAAUUGUAAAACUUAAUAUUAUUUUUAAUAUAUUGUUUUAGGGAAUGUUAAGUUGUUAGAGAGUAUUGCAAAUCAAAUUACAGUCGACUCUUGGCAAUAUUCGAAACUAAAAGGACUGUUCAAAUAUUUCGAAUUAUUGAAUGUUUGAAAUAUUAAAUGGUUCAAAAUUUUAAUUGCUGUUUAAAGUUAUCUAUAAAGUAAUUUUUUACACAUACAUAGGUACAUACAACGUCAAGCCUUUUAUCAAUAACAAGUUGAAUGCUCAAUUUCGCGCAGCUCAAGAUUACAAGCCCCAAUUUGGCUUGAAACUAAUCGGGAAUCCUCGUAUAUGGUAAAUUGAAAGUCGUUUAAGUCUUUGACUGCCAAUAGAAAACUGUUGAAGGCAAAUCCUCCGCUAACGUCGGUCACCGGUGACCACCACGGCGUUCAAUGUGUUAACAAACUGACAAAAAAUAGAUUUGUAAUUUGAUUUGCAGUAAUCUAUACUUAUUAUUAUUUUAAUUAUUAAAACUAUAAUCCUAAUUUCACCAAACGAAUUAUAACAAUAGGGUAGAUGACUAAUUUUUAUUUCAAUGUCCGUCUUGUAGAUUAUUUUAAAACAUUACACACGUAUUUUUUAUUUUCUUACGAAAACAAAUAUAUCGAUUUGAAAUAUCGCGUAACGUCACUUCUAGGUACAU